GAUCCUUCCACCUACUCAGAGGGAGUGGGAUCUUCCCAACUUUGGCAAAAGUCCUGAAGGGCAAUCCACGAUGUGCAGUGAAAGCAGCCCACGUGCUCUCAGAGAUAGCCAAAAAUGAGGAAAUGAAGAAACCAUGUAUUGAAGCAGAUUUGGUUCUAACACUGAUACCUUUGCUGGAGAGCACAGACCAAGAAAUGCUGCUCCACGCUGGGAGGGCCAUUGGCCGUAUCUGUUACAAUAACCGUAACCUUCAGGAAGAGCUGGUCAAGGUUGGAGUGAUCCCAUCACUGGUCCAAAUAUUAACUGACUAUGCACAGAGUGAACCACUUGUCCACGUUGCUCUAUUGGCCUUGUACAAUCUGGCAGACCUUGAUUCAGCCAAGGAAGCUCUAAGCAUGACAAAAGUUGCUGAACAACUGGUGAAACAACUGAGGAGAGCAGAGAGCCAUGAGAGGUUCGAAAUUGUCUUUGAGGUCCUGCAAGCACUUGCAGAAAAUGAUACUCUGAAAGUGCAGUUGGUGGAUGCAGGUGUGCCAGAGGUGCUGUCUGAGAUCCUGCUGAGGCUCCAAGGCAGUUCCCAGGCUGAAGACACAUGCAUUGUGAAGUCUGCAUCAGAUCUCAUUGUCUCUCUGCUCCUUGGAGACGGGAACUGUCUGCGGCUGCUGCAGCUGGGGGUGAUCCACCAGCUCCUGGAUCUGCUGGAGAAGCACGUGCGGAGCGGGGACACCUCAGUGCAACAGGCUGCGCUCAGCGCCCUGCAGAGCCUCGCUGUCCCAGUUGUCAGCAAGGUUCAGAUGCUGGAGGAAGGUGUUGCAGAGCGGAUCGAGGCGCUUCUAAGGUCAGAGAGCCCUCCUGUGCAGUUUAAACUCCUCGGAACAUUACGGAUGUUAGCAGAUGGUCAAGCUGAUGCAGCCGAAAUCCUGGGCCAAGACCCCCUGCUGCUCAACAGGCUGGUGCAGUGGUGCAGCGUGAGCGACCACAGCGGCAUCUGCGGAGAGGCAAACCGGCUGCUGGCAUCCAUCCUGCACCACAACAGAUCCCAGGAAGUGGUCAAAGCCAUCCAGGCAGCACAAGGAGUGAAGCAUCUGGUUUCCAUGACAACAAGUGAACAUGCUGCCAUGCAAAAUGAGGCUCUGAAUGCCUUGGCAAUAGCAUCUGCCAUCGAUUUAGAAACUCUUGAAGAAUCUUUUAAAGAAUCACAGCUAGUUCAAAGCUUACACAAACUUCUACGAGAUGAUAACACAAGUCCUGAGGUGAAAUACAAUUCAUUGGGCCUUUUGUGCAGACUUCUUAAUUCAGGUGAUCUGAGACAAGAAAUAGAAGAGGACAAGAUCAAAGACACCCUCGAGCAACUCUGCAGUCACAGCAAUGCAGAUGUGGUCAAGGAAGCCAUCACAACAUUACAGGUUUUGAGAGGAGAGACGCCCCACUAA